AUGGUAAAGGACAGGAAAGUUGGUGUUGCAUUGGACUUCUCCAAGAACAGCAAGAUUGGUCUCAAAUGGGCAAUUGAGAACUUGGCUGAUAAAGGUCACACCUUGUACAUCAUCCACGUCAACCCCUAUUCCUCUGAUGAUCGUAAUAAGUUGUGGUCCAAAUCUGGUUCUCCUCCUAUUCCUUUGACUGAGUUCAGAGAGGCAGAGGUUAUGAAGAACUAUGGCGUGCAAAGUGAUGCCGAGGUCCUUGAUUUGCUUGACACUGCCACCAGACAAAAAGAGGUGAACGCUCUCGUAAAAUUGUACUGGGGUGAUGUAAGAGAGAAAGUGUUGGAUUCCAUUGAAGAUCUAAAGCUGGACUCUUUGGUCAUGGGAAGCAGAGGUCUUAGCACAAUCCGAAGGAUGAUAUUGGGAAGUGUAAGCAACUUUGUGAUGAUACAUGCUCCAUGCCCAGUGAUCAUUGUGAAGGAGUAG